AUGCCGCAGGCCACGCUCGAGGUCCCGGCCGUGUACCCCGUGGUGGGGCUGUAUCGUCUCGUGCAUGACGAGAAGCUAUGGCGGCCCAUGUGGGACUCGUGCUACCGGACCGUACGCCGCGCGACGCUCGCUACACUCGCGUGGACCUUUGUGUCCCUGCCGGGCCAGCGGCUCGUCUCGCGCCUGUUCCUCGGGCGCAUUGGCCGCGCAGUGGGUGCCAAGGCGACGUACUCGUACUUGGAGCACUGGGCCGGCUACAUCGGGCUGCCGAUGCCGUCGUUCGAGCUGCUCACGACCGUGCUCCUCGUGCUGAACCAGGUGAAUGUGGUAUUUGAGCUGUUCCUCGGCAAGGAGCUGCGCCGCUUCCGCGCGACGGCCUACGAUGCCACCGUCGCCUCGCGCGGCAAGUCAGCGGACUUCUGGACACCGUUCACGGAAGAGUACUCGCAGCUGCCCCAGGCCGAGGCGCCAAGCGCGCCCCACGGCGUGCGCGCGCGGGCCAUGGACGGCCUGCGCCGCCGCGUGUACCGCCUGCUCGUGCGCCGCGGCGCGUCCGCGCUGUUUGGCGCCGUGCCCAUCUUUGGCCAGCUCGUGACUGCCGCGCUGGAUGCGCUCCGCUAUGGCGAACACAUGCACAGGCCCUACUUCGCUGCCAAGCAUAUGAAUGCGCAGCAGCAGGCCAUGUGGGUCGAGGAGCGGCGCACGGCCUACUUCCUGUUUGGGCUGGUCGCCUCGCUCCUGGAGCGUGUGCCGCUCCUGGGCCUCGUCUUCUCGAUUUCGAACCGGAUCGGCGCGGCCAUGUGGGCGCACGACUUGGAGAAGCGGCAGCACCGCUUCCACUCCGGCGAGCUCGUGCCUCAGGCGGACACGCGCCCGGUGGUGCCGCCGGAGGGCGCGCCGGGGAGCUACGGGCACCCGCUCCGCGCGGACGUCCACGUGCCGGGCGGCAUCGACGCGGCGUACGCGUCCAGCACGGCCGCGCCGCGUCUUCCGCCCCGUUCAUAG